AUGGUACUACUCCUGGGAGCGUGCCCAGAGUAUGGCUGCCUGGUGUAUGAGUACAUGGCUAAUGGUAGUUUAGAAGAAUGUCUAUUCCGGCAUGGGAAUCGCCCUGCUCUGUCUUGGCAACUUAGGUUUCAGAUCGCAGCAGAGAUUGCCACAGGCCUGCUGUUUCUCCACCAAACCAAGCCAGAGCCAUUGGUGCAUCGUGACCUAAAACCUGGUAACAUUCUGCUUGACCACAAUUAUGUAAGCAAGAUCGGUGAUGUUGGAUUGGCCAGGCUUGUCCCUCCCUCUGUUGCUGAUGAUGUAACACAGUAUCGAAUGACAUCAACGGCUGGAACUUUCUGCUACAUUGACCCUGAGUAUCAGCAAACUGGAAUGCUUGGAGUUAAAUCCGAUGUUUAUUCCUUGGGGAUUUUGCUUCUACAACUGAUAACAGCCAAGUCAGCAAUGGGCUUGACUCACCAUGUUGAACGUUCUAUUGAGAAGGGGAUAUUUGCCGAGAUGCUGGACCCAGCUGUGCCUGAUUGGCCAGUUGAAGAGGCCUUGUGCUUCGCGAAGCUAUCACUCCAAUGUGCCGAGCUUAGACGAAAAGAUAGACCAGACCUUGGCAAGAUUGUUAUGCCAGAGCUUAACAGAUUGCGGGAACUUGCAGAAGAAAACAUGAUCAAAUUCAUGCCGGGUGGCAGUGCAGGCCCCUCUCCCAACCACAGCUACGUCUCCUUGACCCAGUUCCACGGUAUCUCCGUUCGUCGACACGACAUUGUCGGUCGGACUCGACUUGGGCCCACAGAACGUGAUGUUACAUUCUCCAAGUGA